UUGUCUUCUUUCUCGGCGUCGGCAGUCGGCACACUUGUGCACCAGGCGGCUCAGCUGGACUGGCAGCCGGCUCCCUCCCGUGUCAUAUCCCAGAUUCCCAGCCCCGCCUUCUUCCUCCGCGUCUUCUUCCCACUUCAGCAGUUCAGCUCGGUCCUCCCCUAAGGCACCCUCCUCCCUCCUCCUUCCGUCUGGCAUCUCCCCUCCCAUCGAUUUGGGGGCCUCGCCCUGAGAGGUCGCCGCUCAGUUCGCCCGUUCGUUAAGCCCUAUUGGGUGGACGUUCUCCCGAAGUUACUGACUGACUGUAACUUUGUGCGCAGCGGCGGACUUCACGAUGUCGAAGACGGGAGCCCUGGAUCUCGCAUCUGGCCUUGGCGGGAAGAUCACCAAGGAAGAAGUCAAAUCGGCUGUCGAUGAGUACGAGAAAUAUCAUGGAUAUUAUGGAGGGAAGGAGGAAGCAAGGAAAUCCAACUACACUGAUAUGGUCAAUAAAUAUUAUGAUCUUGCUACUAGCUUCUAUGAGUAUGGCUGGGGUGAAUCCUUCCAUUUUGCUCACAGAUGGAAUGGAGAAUCAUUAAGAGAAAGCAUCAAAAGACAUGAGCACUUUCUGGCCUUACAGCUCGAGUUAAAACCAGGAAUGAAGGUUUUGGACGUGGGCUGCGGAAUAGGCGGACCAUUAAGAGAAAUUGCCAGAUUCAGCUCGACCUCAGUUACCGGUUUGAACAACAACGACUAUCAGAUAACUAGGGGGAAGGAGCUCAAUCGGUUGGCAGGACUUAGUGGAACUUGUGAUUUUGUCAAGGCAGACUUCAUGAAGAUGCCAUUCUCCGAUAACACUUUCGACGCUGUUUAUGCUAUUGAGGCAACAUGCCAUGCACCUGAUCCGGUUGGCUGCUAUAAGGAGAUCUACCGUGUAUUGAAACCUGGUCAGUUUUUUGCCGUAUAUGAGUGGUGCAUAACUGAUCACUAUGAUCCAAACAAUGCAACCCACAAGAGGAUUAAGGAUGAAAUCGAGCUUGGAAAUGGCCUGCCAGAUAUCCGAAGUACUAGGCAGUGUCUUCAAGCUGUUAAAGAUGCUGGGUUUGAGGUUAUUUGGGAUAAGGAUCUAGCUGAAGAUUCUCCAUUGCCUUGGUACUUGCCCUUGGAUCCAAGUCGAUUUUCAUUGAGCAGCUUCCGUUUGACUACCGUGGGACGAUUAAUUACUCGCAAUAUGGUCAAGGCAUUAGAAUACAUUGGUCUUGCUCCACAAGGUAGUCAGAGGGUCUCUAGUUUCCUAGAGAAGGCUGCGGAAGGUCUUGUUGAAGGUGGCAAGAAGGAAAUAUUCACGCCGAUGUACUUCUUUGUGGUUCGCAAGCCUCUUUCAGAAUGAGCAACUUUCAGGUUUGAAGCCAAACAAGGCAAGGAUGCAUUUUGGAGAAGCACGCUUGGGGAGUUUGAUGAUAUGCUGGGAAUCCUAGGUUGUGAUCUGUAGAAGAGAAGCAGUGAAAUGUGUUGUUUCUGUAUGUUCUGUGCUAAAUGUUGGGCUUCUGUUUAGUUUUUGUUGUAUACUUGUAUUCCCAUAUGAGCUUUUAAUCCAAGCAUUUCGUCUGUGGGGUAUGUGCUUGUGCUAGGCUUAGGAUGAACUGACGAUUUGCGACAAUCAUUGUGCUAAGUUAUCAGUGACAUAAAUAAGCUGGAUGCAGUUUGUUUUCUC